AUCUUGAUGAUACUAAACGAUCCGGAAUUUCUACAUUACUUUGGAAGAACUGGAAGGUGACUGAAAUCUUGUCCAUUAGCCGAAAAGCAAGAAAUUCUUUUACUAAACGCUUUGUGCAGCCGAAUUUCUCGUGCAACUGCACAAAAUGUUAGCACAACAUUGUUUAGUGUUACUGCUGCUGUUUGUUAUGCUUCUUCACGAUGGUGAAGCCUGGAGAAGGCGUCGUAGACGACGAAGACCACCGCCAUGUCCUCCUCGUAAUUGUCAAGUUGGUCCAUGGUCGGCAUGGUCAGCAUGCUCGCACCGAUGUGGUAACGCUGGGACGCAGUACAGGACAAGAGCCAAGACACGUCCUGAAGCCUGUCCGGGAGGAAAAUGUCCCUUUCAUUUUAGAGAAGUUGGAAACUGUAACAGAAAUGCUUGUCAAAACGGAGGGACACCUUUAUCGGGCCGAUGCGGUUGUAGGACCGGAUAUACGGGAACAUGCUGCGAGCGAGAUGUGGACGAAUGUUUAAAUAGACCCUGUCAGCAUACUUGUAUCAAUACCUUUGGUAGCUACACAUGUCGAUGUCGUGCUUGCUACRCUAAAGYUGGUACGCKUUGUSAUCUACGACAGUGCAGCAUUGGAGGUCGUUGCUAUGCAUAUGGUACAAAGAACCCUAGCAACGCAUGCCAGGAUUGCRACAGCGCAAACAAAGUAGCCUGGACCAAUAACAACGCUCUUCCGUGUAGUGAUGGUAACUUGUGUACACGAGCAGACCACUGUGUUAAUGGACGAUGUGUAGGCACACCCUUCACGUGUUUAUCAUGUGAACGGUGCAACGGGAACACGUGUACAGUCAAGCCAGGUUUCUGUACUAUUACUGUGAAUGGAAUAAAAAAAUGUUUCAGCCAUACUGCCUUGAGACCAGGAUUUCCUUGCCAGUGGUGUAACCCAUCCUCUAGCACGAGUACCUGGACUAACAGAAAUCGAGUAUCAUGUGAUGAUGGUAACAAAUGCACCCGAUCAGACACGUGUACCAAUGGUCAUUGUACUGGUACAGCAUUUACUUGUAACUCACACUGCCAGACGUGUAAUGGUCGUGACUGCAGUCAAAAAACUGGAUUUGGGUUUGUSAAUGGAAAAUGUACUUGCAAGAUAGGAGGCAGGGAUUAUAAUCACCAGCAGCUAAAUCCUUCCAACCAAUGUCAGUGGUGUGAUCUGUACGAUGCCUCAAGCAAGUCAACAGGAACUUGGACAAACCGUCCCAGUGUACCUUGCGACGACAAGAAAACAUGCACCAAAAAAGACAUGUGUACUCGAGGACGAUGCGUUGGUCAGCCUUACAGCUGUCAAUCAUCUUACCCAAGCACAAGCUGUAUUAGUACGUCUGUGUGUUUAGGUAAUGGAAGAUGUAAGGAUAUUUACAGGUCUGCAGGGACUAUCUGUAAAGCUGCAAAGGAUAUCUGUGACCAACCAGAAAGAUGUGAUGGUCGACUUGGUUCAUGCCCUGCAGCGGUUACAGAUCCCAUAACAAUUACAACUGGUACAGUUGACUUUCAGAACUCGGCUUACACUUCCUCUGCCUCGUACCAACACAACACCAAUGUCCUCUACUUUAAGGUCAAUAGUUUCAGCAUCAGCUGCGGACGUAUGACAUUCAAAUGGUAUUUACUAGACGGUUCAUCUGCUUGCAAUACUGCCACAAGCACCAAAGGACAGCUGUCAAAUACCAACACAAAGCAGUCAAUUACUGGGUUGACACUCCAAGACACUAAAACCUACAAGCUAGCGAUACAAGCAGUGGACAUGAGAGGAGGCACACGACCAUUAGUAUGUACCAGUGCUAUAACCAUAGACACGUCUGUCCCACAAAAUGGCUGGGURCGAGAUGGUUCUACAGCAGAUAUCGACUACCAGUCUACUAAAACCAUAACAGCAAACUGGGGAGGGUUUACAAUUAGAAACGGUGUCCAAAAAUACGAWUGGAAAGUCAGUUAYGUUGCUWUUGGUGGUAGUAACACGGUGGAACUUCUAUCCUUGACAAGUACCGGAGUAAGUACCAGUGCCUCCAAGGUCUUUAGUAAUAUUGCUGAUGGAUCAAGAAUCAAAGUGCUUGUUAGAGCGUAUACCAAGGCAGGCCUCUAUAGUGAACGCACAAGUGACGGAGUAGUUGUGGAUUUGUCUAAGCCAAUAGCAGCAAGAGUUUAUGAUGGUUCUCAAACAGGUGUUGAUGUUACGUAUGCUAAAUGGACCAACACAUUCAGUGUUAACUGGGCUGCCUUUACAGACCCUCACAGUGGAAUUUUGUACUAUGAAUGGGCUGUUAAACGAGAUGGAGCUGGCCUGAUAACAGCUUACAUGAAAACUGCAUUGAACCGCUCUAGUUCAGCUUCUGGACUCAAUUUGGUUUCAGGAGAACGUUAUUGUGCUGUUGUAAAAGGUUACAAUAAGGCUAAACUGUUUAUAGAAUCAUCAUCGAACUGCGUUCUGAUAGACCGUGAUCCUCCGCKYGCAGGAAGUGUAAACGAUGGCGAUGCAAAUGACAUCCAGCAUCAGUCMAAUGGUACAACUAUAUCAGCUAACUGGAAUGGCUUUAGUGACGGCAGCAAAGGUAGUGGUAUUGUAGGAUAUCAGUACAAGAUCACURACAGUAGGAAUAAUGAUGUCAUARGAUGGACUUCAGUUGGAAUGAAAACAUCAAUAAGCCAUAGUGGACUCUCCCUUAUAAGUGGAGUAAAGUACUUUGUUACUGUCAAAGCAGUUGACGCUGUUGGCCUAGCAACCGAAGUAAAGAGUAAUGGAGUCAUAGUGGAUACAACACGACCUGUGUUUACAGGCGAAGUGAAGGUUAGAGGAGUCAAAGACUUCAUCAAUUCAACUGCGUGUGUGUAUGUAUCAAGUAAAACUAAUCUACAAGUAACUUGGAACGGGUUUUCGGAUGGUCAUAGUGGGCUGAAUCACUACGAAUGGGCAGUCAUUCCAGCAUCAAGAAAUGUUACUGCUAGAGAUUUUACGCGAGUAUCUGGAUCAAGUUUGACAACAACUGCAUCGUUCUCAGGUCUCACCAUGGCAGAUGGAAGUACGUACCGUGUGGUAAUACGUGCCUACAACAGAGCUCUUCUUUAUAAAGACGCUUCUUCUGUUCUUGUCAUCCCCGAUUCUUCCCCGCCACAAGCUGGAGUUGUGUCUGAUGGCUCAAAUGCUGGCUCAGAUUAUGAUUACCAAGMAAGCCUUGUAUAUGUCAAAGCAACAUGGACAGCAUUCAAAGAACCUCACACUGGCGUCAGACAAUAUUACUAUGCUGUUGGAAGCUGUAUCCAAGGCAACUAUCACGUGACGGGUAAUAGUUUCAUUAAGGCGACGCCAGCAUCAUCUACGUCAUUCUUUCUUCAAAACMUUAAUCUAGUCAACGGCCAGCGAUACUGCACCAAAGUCAAAGCACAGAACAUGGCUGGACUCUUCAGCAAAGAGGUUUCUUCUGAUGGCUUUAUGGUUGAUGUUACAGUUCCUGUUACUCGUGAAGCACGAGUGAUCGAUGGUGUGACACAGACAGAUAUUGAUUAUCAGAGUAACGUGACAGAGAUGUCAGCAAGUUGGGAAGGCGUUAGCGAUCCUGAAUCAGGUAUCAAAUACUAUGAAUAUGGCAUCAGUAGGAACCGAGCUGGCGUUCCAGAUGUUGCCUCAUUCAAGAAAAAUGGCUUACAGACAAAUGCUCGUGCGACUGGGCURUUCUUACACGAAGAUGUGUACUAUUUUAUAGUUUGUGCAGUUAACAAUGCUGGUCUAAGAAACUGUUUAAGUUCGGAUGGUGUUUUUAUCGACACUACACCACCAAACAAGGGAAUUGUCAACGAUGGAGUCCUCGAACCAGAUCUAAAAUAUCAGUCCUCGUUGACCAGCAUGGCUGCAAACUGGGAAGGAAUAUGGGAUUUAGAAAGUCAGAUAGAGAGAUUUGAAUGGGCAAUCAAAGACAACGUCAGUGGUAAUGCAGCACUUCCCUUUACCGAUGUGGGUCUUGCUACACAUGUUAAAAACGACAACCCUCUUACGCUGAUAAACGGAAGAACCUAUCAAGUACACUUGAAGAUCUAUAAUCAUGCUGGAGCAGUAAGGCAAAUCACCUCAGAUGGUGUCACCGUUGAUAACAUUGCUCCACAACCAAGCAUUAUAUAUCCAGGAUCUCCUGGMAACACUGAUUGGACUUAUAACAGGAAUGACAACACCUUCUACACCUCAAAAAUAUCCGACAUUUUUGUGUACUGGGAUGCAUUUGCCGAGCCAGAAAGCGAAGUGUGGUUCUACAAAUGGGCCAUUGGUACCUCAAAAUGUGGAACACAAGUACAGCCACUCAUUAAUAUUGGUGGAUCGACAACUGCGAAUACUUCGAUGUCCGAUUUGAACCUUCGGCAAGGCGUUAAGUAUUAUGUUACUGUGACUGCACGAAACAAGGCWGACUUAUUGUCUCGCAGUUGUUCAGAUGCGAURCUAAUGGACAAUACACCGCCUAAUGCUGGCUCGGUUAACGUUGGCCGUGCAGACGAACAUCAGAAGUACGUUGGAUCUGAGAUAGUUCAUAYUUAUUGGAACGACUUUACAGACCAUGAAAGCGGUGUUGAUUUUUGCAAUAUUUAUGUGACAAAUACUUCAUCGACCAUUUUUAUCAACAAAGUGCUGAACAUGUCAACUGGGAUGACCAGCGUGUCGAAUAGAGUGUUUGUACCUGGACAGGAAUACAAGGCCCUUGUUAAAUGUUUCAACAAUGCACAACUGUUUUCAUCUCAUUCAUCCAACUCUUUUAUAAUCGAUGUAUCAGCACCUGUACCUSAAGGGCCGGUUUCUGCUGGGUAUUCGCGUGAUGACACCAUGCAGUAUCAAGCUGUCAACAAUAGCAUCACCAUCACCUGGCAACCUUUCAAUGACCAGGAAAGUCCAAUAAAAGAAUAUUGGAUAGCGGUGGGAACUUCGCCUUUAGGAGACAAUGUUGUACCCAUGUCAAACAAUCGUUUGUCAACAGAGUCAAUAAGAACUGACUUAAAUCUGGCCCAAGGCGUUAUCUACUAUAUCACUGUUUAUGGAGUGAAUGCUGCAGGUUUGAAUGCUACUCUUCAAGCUCUUCCUCUACGUAUUGACGUCACUCCCGCUAUAUCAUCUGAUGUAAACAUAAAGGAUGGAUCGGGUGGUGAGGAUUGGGAUUUCUUCAGCCCAAAGGAACCAGUUAGUGGACACUGGGAAGAGGUAUCUGACCCCGAGAGUGGCAUAGUCAAAAGUGAAUACUGCUUAGGACUCAUGCCCUUGGGAUGUCAAAUCCAAGAUAUGGUUGAUAUAGGGAACAAAACAUCGUUUACCUGCAGWGAAUGCAAGGUCAAUCCAGGAGAACGAGUUUAUCUUACAGUUCAACUUACCAAUGGUGCUGGGUUAUCAGUGACUCAAGCGUCCAAUGGGAUGCUUCUUGACUCGACUCCGCCUGUAACUAGCAAACUCAUCGAUGGUGAUGACCCUUCUGGUAAUGACGUCGAUACCGCAUUGUUUGGCUGGAUUGUUAYGGUGACGUGGCAAGGCGUUGAAGACAGAGAGAGUGGUGUAAAGCAAUGCAAGUGGAGCAUAGUAGACUAUGAAGACAAAGAACUGUUUUCCGUAAACAUAUCUGGGCCAUUCAAACUGGGGCAAAAGCAAAGUUUGUCUGCUAAACAAGCCUACAGCUCUUUGCCAUUUAAUGCCAGUCGCUUGUACUAUAACAUGAUCGAAUGUAGCAAUGGUGCAAGACUAAAUGCUGUGUCUCGUUCUGAUGGAUUCCGUGUCGUGUCUGAGUGGCCCAUACCUGCUUCUGUUCGGGACGGGUAUGCGAAGAAAAAAGAUCUUGAUUACAUUACAAGCACAAAAGACGUUGGGGCAAACUGGGACGCCUUCAAAGCUGAUCAACACGACCCUGUCAUUCAAUACAUGUGGGCGAUAGGAACAGCGCCUGGUAGUGAAGAUGUGAUGAAGUACAAGAGUGCAGGAUUGAGUCUACACGAUAAGGUAACCUUGGCAGCUGAUGAACCUGACCUUGACGUACUAAAUACGGGACAGAAGUAUUACAUCACAGUCAAAGCAGUAUCUGCUAGUGAAAUGACCUCAACUCGAUCAUCUAAUGGUUUUACUGUAGACAUUACACCACCAGUCAAAUCAGAUGUUGACGUCACAUUCGUUGUUUCUGACCAAUCAGCAGGCAAGGUCGAUUUGCGCAUUGAUUGGUCAGGUGUUAGUGACAACGAGAGUGACAUAAUGGAUUCAGAAUACUGUGUUGGAACAACACCUGGUAACUGUUUAACAGAAARGUAUUCUGUUGGGCGUGAAACUAUAGCGGUACUGUCGUCAUUUACACCUAUUUCAUUAGCCAAUUACUACGCUUUGGUGAUCGUGCGAAACAAGGCAGGUCUUGCUUCAGUCUUGACGUCGAGAAAAAUAAUCAUAGAURCAUCACCUCCGUCACGUGGUCAAGUGAUUGACGGGACUGGACGUGAUGUAGAUUUCAUGAACGUAACGAACACUAUGUCCUCUCAGUGGGCGGGGUUUGAAGACAGGGAUACAAAUGUCAAGAACUGCACGUGGAAGUUGAUACAGCAAUCUGUUUCAAGUGAUGGGUCUUAUUUCGKUAAUGACAGUAUAGURUUUGAAGAAACWGUCAGCUCACGAGGAAGUGAAACUCGUCAUGGAUUAAGCCUCAGUCCUGGAUCUCGGUACCUGAACCAGAUCACCUGUGCUAAUCGAGACGGUUUUACUGUUACAUCGGUGUCCAAUGGUGUCAUUAUUGAUGUUACUCCACCCACAUCAGGAACUGUAGUUGAUGGAGAUGAUGUCUCCAACGACAUYGAUUUCAUGUCUGGAGKCACUGAAGUCAAAACAAUAUGGCGUGGAUUCAAGGAUGACGAAAGUGGUAUUAUGGGUUAUCGAUGGGCAUUAGGAACCUCUCCUGGGAAAGAUGACGUCAUUGGAUUCCGUGACGUAGGCAAGCAAAGACAAGGGUUUGCAGCAAAUGUUAGUCUCUCUCCCAUUGGCGCAUAUUAUGUUACUGUAGAAGCAAAGAAUCAAGCAGGGAUGACGUCACAGGGAUGGUCUGAUGGGUUCGUGGUUGACGUCACUCCUCCUGAAAUUUCGAAGCUCACACGUGGUAGCAAAGCUUGGAUUGGCCCUGACGAUAGGAUCUCUGCAACCUGGCAGUCACGUGAUCCGGAGAGCUCGGUUAAGAACACUGAAUACUGUGUUGGUACCACCCCAAAUGGAUGUCAAAUCCAACCAAUGAAAUCACUUCCUACMAACAGUACACAAGUAACGUGUACUGAGUGCAAAUUGACUCAUUCAGUCAAAUAUUACGUGACGAUAAGAGUAUGGAAUCAAGCUGGGCUCUAUUCUAUCGACACAACWGAGGGAGUCCAGGCUGACUUGACCCCACCCCUCCCCGGACAGGUUAUACYUCGUGAUGACGUCAUCUCAUGUUURCGAAACUGUACUYUAUUAACCAACGUCAGUGGCUUCAUCGACCCAGAAAGUGGUUUGGGUAUUUGUCAGUUUGCGAUACGUACGAACAGUUCACAGUAUGUCGUACCCUUUACUAACUUCACUCAGCUUACAUAGGUGUAGUGAUCGUCAGUCCUGACCGAACACACGAUGUCUACGGCAUCCACUCCAGUUGUCAUCUUUACAACUCAACAAUGCGCAUUCAUUGGUCAGGUUUUCAGGACACCGAGUCUAGCAUCACUGGAUUCCGAGUCGCAAUUGGCAGACAACCAAAUUCCACAAACGUUUUAUCAUUUGUGGACGUUGGAAUAAACACUGGGUAUACCGUAGAUAUAGGCAAAGCUCAGAACGUGUUUUCUGAUGACAUUGUAUAUGUGAUGGUCGAGGCAACUAAUGCAGSAGGCCUGGUCACCAAGGCGGUAUCGGCGCCCACGAGACUUGUGUCAGCGGASAGUGACCUAUACCAAGUGGAAGGAGAUUUCUUCUGCUUGGAUGUUUGAUAGAGGAUUCAUUUGUAUAUAAAUCAUGCAUACACACGCAAACGACGAAGCUUUAGAAACCUUAGUAUGGACACAUGACAACAGGCUUAUUACCAGGCUCAGUAAUUGUCUGGUUGGRAUACCUGUGUUACGAUUCUUCUUUCUUCAGCCUGGUAAGCCCGAGCAUGACGUAGGACUACACCAGGGGAAAACAGCUACGCAUGGUAACAAACCGUUAUUUUGAAGAAAAAAAACAAAAAAAUCCUCAAAAAAUGAAAAAAAAGAUUGGCUGAUUUUCCGUGCAUGCGCAGAACGCUUUUCCAGAGUAWAGUCUAUUUUUAGAGUAUUUAGAAAUUUAGUUAAGCUAAAUUUAGUAAUUUAGUAGAGUACGUAGACACCCAUCCACUUUGUGUAACAUUACUCCAAAGGUGCAAGUUUGAGUAUAAAACGCUUAGUCUUGUUUAGAGUAUUAAAUAAGCUAAAAGAGAAAAAACCAUUCUUUCAA